AUGGCCUCCCACCGCAUCGGUGCGCGCGUCGCGGGCCUCUCGCCAGCGCAGCUGUGCGCCAUCAUCGAGGCGCAGGCGGGCGCGAGCGACGCCGCGCUGCGCGUGGCGGAGGAGCACGCCGCUCGGCUCGUGGAGCAGCCCGAGUGGGUGCUCUCCGAGGUCCUCCUCUCGCCGGACCUCGCCCCGCACAUCCUCGCCCAGCUGCCGACCAAGGAGCACGCCGCCAAGGGAACGCUGUCAGAAUCUUCGCGGAAUCCCGCGCUGCACCUUCAGAUCGGCGGUCCGCCGCUAUUUGUGCUAAUGUGGUUCACGCCGAUGCCGUUUGUGUACGAGUCGCUGUACGGCGGCGCCGAGAUGUGCGAGCUCGGCCGCCACACCGUCCGCCUCUCGACCAAGCAGCAGGCGCUCACGCUCGGCAGCAAGAUGCGCAAGGGCAACGCAGCGGUGACGUACUCGGUCUACAAGCUCGGGGACGGGGAGAUGCGCCUGCUGGGCUCCUACCCAAAGGGAGUCAACGCAGACGGCACUUUUCCGGAGGAGGGCGCCAAAGACGGGAGGCGAGCUUAG